AUGGAUGAAUCUAACAUGUCCUGCGAAGACCUCACGACUUGUGAAACCACUGUUGAAAUUAGUCGACCAUUCAUGGACACAGUUGAAAAUAAACCCACGUCAUCCGGAUGUACUCCCGCUGCGAGUAUCGCAUUGGACCAAUUCUCGAGACUUCUAGAUUUUAAGUUGGAUACCAAACUGGAUAGCUUUCAAACAUCUUUAACCAGAACAAUAAGGAAGGAAGUUAGUGAUCAAAUAGCCAAACUAAAAUCCGAGUUCACCGUAACGACAGAUUUUCUUACGGGGGCGCAAAGGGAUGUUAAAGCUGAACAUAAGACGUUUUCAGACAGGGUCCGCAAGCUUGAAGAUGAAAAGAUGGAACUACAACCCGAAUUAUCCCAAAUGAAUUAA